GGGCUACCAAAGACAUGGGGAAGAUGUUGGGCGGGGAUGAAGAGAAAGACCCAGAUGCUGCCAAGAAAGAAGAGGAACGACAGGAAGCUCUCAGGCAAGAAGAGGAAGAGAGGAAAGCCAAAUAUGCCAAGAUGGAGGCUGAAAGAGAAGUAAUGAGACAAGGGAUUCGAGACAAGGUAGGGGUCUAG